CUUUUUUUUUUUGAGACGGAGUUUCACUCUUGUUACCCAGGCUGGAGUGCAAUGGCGUGACCUCGGCUCACCACAACCUCCGCCUCCUGGGUUCAGGCAAUUCUCCUGCCUCAGCCUCCUGAGUAGCUGGGAUUACAGGAACAUGCCACCAUGCCCAGCUAAAUUUUUUUUGCAUUUUUAGUAGAGACAGGGUUUCACCAUAUUGACCAGGAUGGUCUCGAUCUCUUGACCUCGUGAUCUACCCGCCUCGGCCUCCCAAAGUGCUGGGAUUACAGGCGUGAGCCACCGCGUCCGGCCAGACAUUCAACUUCUAUGGAUCCACUUUGGCCACAAGAUAUACUGAUUUCUUCUUUUGUUUGGAUAUGAUACUAUUGUGCAACUAUUAUUUUUUUGAGUCUUAGAGCUGCUACAAUUCAAAAAUUUGGCUUACUCAGGCUUAAAGUCCUUGUGUUGCCCGAAAAUAUUUCAUUACUUUCUCUCGUUACCAGUGUUCCUAAGCUGGUACCUCCAAUCAGAUAGAGAGACUUACCUUGUCUUUUGAAAUAAAAAGGUACUUUGAAAUAAAAAGAUCACCCCAUGUUUAGCAGACAGCAAAUGUAAAAAGCAUUAAUUGAAUUUUUUUGUGGCCAAAGUGGAUCCAUAGAAGUUGAAUGUUUGGCCGGGCGUGGUGGCUCAAGCCUGUAAUCCCAGCACUUUGGGAGGCCGAGGCGGGUAGGUUACGAGGUCAAGCAUUAUAAUCUGUUAAAUUCUUUAGAUUAAGAUCACUUACUUAAUUGAGACAGAAAUUAUCCCUAUUUUCAGAAGAAUAAAUACAGAUUUGGGAAAGCUGGUUGAUAGAUAGCAUCAUACAGGUAGCCACUGGCAAAGCCAAGACUUAGACCUAGCUCUGUUGACUUACUUACCAUGUAUUUUCUCAUUUCCAUAAUACUUCAAGAGGAGUAAUAAAGAACUUAAUACAUCUGGCAACUUCUUAUUGGAAGCAUAUUUAUGUUGCUUUAGAGAUCUGAGUUCUUAGCUGCAAACAACGAAACAGGCUUUAAUCGGGAGUAAGUCCCAAAUCACACUUUGUCUACAGGUGUAUCUUCACAGCACUUAUCCAAAGCACAGCUUGGAUUUUAGAUACUGCAUGGGUCACACUCACUAGGUCCUCUGCUAUCGUGACUUCUGAAAACUCAGUGACUAUAGCAAUCAAGACAGUGUGGUAUUGGCGAAACAACAGACGAAUAGAUUGCUGGGACAAAAAUAGCUCAGAAAUUGGCCCAUACAAAUAUGGUCAACUGAUCUUUGACAAAGAAAUAAAGGCAAUUCAUUGGAGAAGGGAUAGUCUUUUCAACAAAUGGCUCUGAAACAACUAGACAUCAACAUAGAAAAAAAUCUAGAAACAGAUUUUUUACCUCUUAACUCAAGUAACUCUAAAUGCAUCAUAGGUCUAAAUGUAAAAUGCAAAACUAUUAAACGCCUAGAAGAUAACAUAGGAAAAAAUCUAGAUGCGUUUGGAGAUGGCCCUUCAGAUAUGACACCAAAUGCAUCUAUCUAUGAAAAAAGAAAGUCGAUAUGUUGGACUUCAUUAAAAUUAAACAUUUUUGUUUUGUGAAAUACACUGUCAAGAGAAUGAGAAAUAAGUCACAGAGUGGGAGAAAUAUUUUCAAAAGAUAUAUCUGAAAAAGGACUUGUUGUCCCAAAUAUAGAAGGAAAUUUUAAAGUUCAGCAAUACAAAAACAACUUUAUUAAACAACCAGUGCAAAAAAUCUGAAUAGACACCUAACCGAAGAAGAUAUAUACAUGACAAAUAAGCAUAGGAAAAGAUAGUUUACAUUAUACCUCUUUAAGGAAUUGUAAAUUAAAAUAACAAUGGAACACCACUGCACACCUAUUAGAAUGGAUAAAAUCUAAAACACUGAAAACACUAAAUGCUGAUGAGGAUGUCAAGCAACAUGAACUUUCAUUAAUUAUUGGUGUGGUUACAAAAUGGUAUAACCACUUUGGAAGACAGUCUGGCAGUUUCUCAUAAAGCUAAACGUGGUCUUAUUAUAUGAUCCAUAAAUUGUGUCCUUUGGCAUUUACCCAAAAGAGUUAUGUCCACAGGAAAACUUGUGUCCACACAAAAACCUACACACAUACAUUUAUAGCAGCUUUAUUCAUAAUUGCCAAAAUUUGGAAGCAAUCAAGAUGUUCUUCAAUAUAGGUAAAUAUAUAAAUUGUGAUAUAUCCACACAAUUGAAUAUUACUCAAUGCUAAAAAGAAGCAAGUUAUUCAAGCCAUGAGAACACAUGGAAGAACCUUAGAUGUAUAUAACCAAGUGACAGAAGCCAAUCAGAAUAGACAGAACUAUGGAAGCAGUAAGAAGAUCCGUGGUUAUUGGAGGUUUGGUGGGAGAGAGGGAGAAGUAGGUGGGGUGCAGGUGAUUUUUAGGGCAGUGAAACCAUUCUGUAUCAAUGCUAAGAGGGUAAUACAUGUCAUUACACAUUUGUCAAAACCCAAAGAAUGUAUAGCCCAAAGAGUGAGCUUCUAAUGUAAAGUAGAGGCUUUGAGUUACAAUAAUGUGUCAGUCAUUUAAUCAGUUGCAACAAGUGCACCACUCUGGUAAGUGAUGCUGAUAGUGUGUAAGGCUAUGAGUGUUUAUGAGGUGAGCGGGUAUAUGGGAAAUCUCUGUAUUUUUGCUUAGUUUUUCUGUGGACCUUAAAGAUAAAGUCUAUUAGUUAAAAAACAAAGAAGCAAACAAACUCCAUGACUCUUGUCAACAACCAUAUACCUUUCUUCAAAAAUAAAUUCCAUGUGGAGUCUUCUUUCUCUUUGAUCUCUUCCAAAUCCAAGCUUGCAGAGGUGGUUUAAUUGGUUCAGUCUAAGUCAUAUGCCAAUGGUAAGUUGAAAAUGGAGUUCUGGAUUCUACUUUGGGGAAAAGGGCUAUCAUGUGGAAACUUCCAUAGACAUUGGAAGACAAAAACCUAAUGAUUAAUUAACUUUUUCCCCCCAUUGGAAGGAAAUAAAGGUCUUCUCUAUUUUGCUAUUUGCUUUCUUUAGUUUCUAUAUGUUCACCUUUUCUGGGGGUGGGGGCGAGGAUUCUUGCAGAAAUGCUUGAAGUACACCUAUAAAUUUUUCUAACUGCUUUUGAUAAAUUUACUUCUAGGAACUGUUUAUUAAAUGAGUUAGCAUUUCCCCUACUAACAUUUUAAGCACAAAUAAGUAAAGUUUAUGUAUUUAUUAAACUUUUUUCUUGUCUGUUAUACACCAGCAAUUGCAUUUUUGGAGUAGUCUUUAGCAAGAUUCUUUUGGCUUUUUCUGAAAAAACACAGAAGCCAGAGAAAUAUUCAAAGAUUUUUUUAAAUGUUAGGAUUAUCAACUAAUUAUAUUAGUCGAAGGAUGAUUUCAUCUUUGGCUUUUACAAUAAACUCAGACAUUAAUGCACUUGGUGAUUCCAAUGUGAAAUAAAAAAUACAAGAAUUAAGGAAAUUCCUACACCAGGAAUAACAUAAAAGAAAAUAAAAGAAAAGAGGAAGGAACAAGAACAUAAAAAAGGGCAGACUCUGAGAGAGUAAAGGUCAAUGUAAUUGUGACAGUCAUCAUCACUAUAAACUCCGGUUGAGACCCAAAUUAAAAAUAAUCAUGAUCGUAAAGAGAAGAGGAAAUCCUAUAAAUAGCAAAAUCAAAAGAAAUUAAUAAAACCCUAAAUCCUAACUAAUGCUAUAAAAAGUGGUCAAAGGACUUGAAUAGACAUUUCUCAACGGAAGAUAUACAAAUUACCAAUAGAUAUAUAAUAAGAUACUCAAUAUUAUUAACACUGGGGGAAUUCAAAUAAAAACCACAAUGAGGUAUCAUGUCACACCUGUUAGGAUGCCUAUGAUCAAGAAAAAAUAGAUAACAAGUGCUUAUGAGGAUGUGAAGAAAUGGGAACCCUUCUACACUAUUGGUUGAAAAAGAAAAUUGUAUAACUGUUAUAGAAAACAGUACAAGAUUCCUCAAAAAAUUAAAAUUUUAAAAAUUAAAAUUUAAAAUAAAAAUACCACAUGAUUCAGCAAUUCCAUGUUUGGGUAUGUAUCCAAAAAAAUUGAAAUCAGGAUUUUGAAGAGAUACCUGCAUUCCCAUGUUCAUUGCAGCAUUAUUUACAAUAGUCAAGAUAGGGAACAACCUGAAUGUCCAUUUGUCCAUUAGUAGAUGAAUGAAUAAAGAAAAUUUAGCAUUUACAUACAAUAGAAUAUUAUCCAGAUUUAAAACAAAAUGAAAUCUUGACAUAAGCAGAAACAUAGGUAAACUUACAGAAUGCCUAUGCUAAGUGAAAUAAGCUAGGCACAGAAGUACAAAUACUGCAUGAUUCCACUAACAGGAAGUAUCUAAAAUAGUCAAACUCAUAGAAACCAGGGAGUAGAAUGGUGGUUGCCAGGAUCUUAGCAGAAGAGGAAAUGAGAGUCACUGUUCAACAGGUAUAAAGUUUCAGCUCUGUUUUUGUUUGCUUAAUUGAAGUCAGUUGGCUAUAAGUAUUUGGGUUUAUUUCUGGGUUUCAUAUUCUGUUCCAUUGGUCUAUAUGCCUAUUUUUAUACCAGUACCAUGAUGUUUUGCUGACCAUGGCUUUAUAGUAUAGUUUGAAGAAAGGUAAUGUGAUGCCUCCAGAUUUGCUUUUUUGGUUUAGUUUUGCUUUGGCUAUGUAGGCUCUUUUUUAGUUCCAUAUGAAGUUUAGGAUUAUUUUUUCUAGUUCUUUGAAAAAUGAUAGUGGUAUUUUGAUGGCAAUUGUAUUAAAUUUUUAGAUUGCUUUUGACAGUAUGGUCAUUUUCACAAGAUUGAUUCUGCCCAUCCAUGAGCAUAGGAUGUGUUUCCAUUUGUUUGUGUCACCUAUGAUUUCUUUCAGCAGUGUUUUGUAGUUUUCCUUAUAGAGGUCUUUCACCUCCUUGGGUAGGUAUAUUCUUAAGUAUUUUAUUUUAGUUUUGCAGCUAUUUUAAAAGGGAUUGAAUUUUUGAUUUGAUUCUCAGCUUGGUCGCUGUUGGUGUUUAGCAGAGCUACUGAUUUGUGUACAUUAAUUUUGUAUCCUGAAACUUUGCUGAAUUCAUUUAUCAGUUCCAGGAGCUUUUUAGAUGAGUCUUUAGGGUUUUCUAGGUAUAUAAUCAUAUCAUCAAGACACUCUAUUUAAUAAAUAGUGCUGAAAUAAUUGGCAAGGUACAUGUAGGAGAAUGAAACGAAUCCUCAUCUCUUACCUGUACAAAAACCAACUAGAGAUGGAUCAAGGACUUAAAUUUAAGAUCUGAAACUAUUAAAAUUCUAGAAGAUAACAUCAGAAAAAUCCUGCUAGACAUUGGCUUAUGCAAAGACUUCAUGGCCAGAAACCCAAAAGCAAAUGCAACAAAAACAAUGAUAAAUAGAUGGGACUUAAUUAAAUGAAAGAGCUUCUGUACAGCAAAAGAAACAGUCAGCAGAGUAAACAGACAACCCACAGAGUGGGAGAAAAUCUUCACAAUCUAUACAUCUGGCCAAGGACUAUCAUUCAGAAUUUAUAAAGAACUCAAAUGAAUUAGCAAGAAAAAAACAAACAAUCCCAUCAAAGAGUGGGGUUCUCUCUAAAUAGACAAUUCUCAAGAGAAGAUAUAGAAAUGGCCAAGAAACAUAUGAAAAAAUGUUCAACGUUACUAAUGAUCAGGGAAAUGCACAUCAAAACAACAGUGUGAUACCACUUUACUCCUACAAGAAUGGCCAUAAUAAAAAAAUAAAAAAAUAAGAGAUGUUGGCAUGGAUGUGGUGAAAAGGGAACACUUCUAUGCUGAUGGUGAGAAUUUAAACUAGUACAACCACUAUGGAAAACAAUGUGGAGAUUCCUUAAAGAGCUAAAUGUAGAACUACCAUUGAUCCAGCAAUUACAAUACUAGGUAUCUACCCAGAGGAAAAUAAGUCAUUAUAAUAUGAAUAUGGAACCAGCCCAAAUCCUCUUAAAUCAACAAGUAGAUAAAGAAAUUGUGGUAUAUAUGUACAAUGGAAUACUACUCAGCCAUAAAAAGGAAUGAAUUAACGGCAUUUGCAGCAACGUAGAUGGAACUGGAGACUAUCAUUUUAAGUGAACUAACCCAAACAUGGAAAAUCAAACAUCAUAUGUUCUCACUCAUCAAUGGGAGCUAAGCUAUGAGGAUGCAAAAGCAUAAGAGUGAUACACGGUCUUUGGGGACUCAGGGGAAGGGUGAGAGUGAGGUGAGAAGUAAAAGACUACAAAUUGGAUGCAAAUCAAAACCACAUUGAGAUACCAUCUCAUGCCAAUUAGAAUGAUGAUCAUUAAAAAAUCAGGAGACAACAGAUGCUGGAGAGGAUGUGAAGAAAUAAGAACGCUUUUACACUGUUGGUGGGAAUGUAAAUUAGUUGAAACAUUGUGGAAGAUAGUGUGGUGAUUCCUCAAGGUACUGGCUAUAUACCUGAAGGAUUAUAAAAAAUUCUAUUUUAAAGACACAUGCACACAUACUGCAGCACUGUUUACAAAAGCAAAGAUUUUGAACCAACCCAAAUGCCCAUCAAUGAUAGACUGGAUAACGAAAACGUGGCACAUAUACAUCAUGGAAUACUAUGCAGCCAUAAAAAAGGAUGAGUUCGGCCGGGUGCGGUGGCUCAAGCCUGUAAUCCCAGCACUUUGGGAGGCCGAGGCGGGUUGAUCACGAGGUCAAGAGAUCGAGACCAUCCUGGUCAACAUGGUGAAACCCCGUCUCUACUAAAAUUACAAAAAAUUAGCAUGGUGGCGCGUGCCUGUAAUCCCAGCUACUCAGGAGGCUGAGGCAGGAGAAUUGCCUGAACCCAGGAGGCAGAGGUUGCGGUGAGUUGAGAUGGCGCCAUUGCACUCUAGCCUGGGUAACAAGAGCUCAAAAAAAAAAAAAAGGAUGAGUUCAUGUCCUUUGCAGGGACAUGGAUGAAUUUGGAAACCAUCAUUGUCAGCAAACUGACACAAGAGGAGAAAACCAAACAUUGCAUGUUCUCACGCAUAAGUGGGUGUUGAACAAUGAGAACACAUGGACGCAAGAAAGGGGAACAUCACACACUGGGGCCUGUUGAGGGGUGGGAGAGCCAGGGGAGGGUUAGAAGAUUAGAUUUAAAAAUGACUACAAAUUGGGUUCAGUGUAUACUGCUUGGGUCAUGGGCACACCAAAAUCUCACAAAUCACCACUAAAGAACUUACUAAUGUAACCAAAUACCACCUGUUUCUCUAAAACUUAUGGAAAUAAAAAAGAUUUUUAAAAAGUUAUGUGAGAUGAGUAAGUUCUAGAGAUCUGCCACAAAAUCUUAUGCCUACAUAUGGUUAACAAUACUGUAUUUUGCACUUCAAAAUUUAAGAGGGUAGAUCUCAUGUUAAGUAUAUAUAUAUAUAUAUAUAUACAUAUAUAUUUUAUUGCACUUUAGGUUCUGGGGUACAUGUGCAGAACAUGCAGGAUUGUUGUAUAGGUACAUACAUGGCAAUGUGGUUCGCUGCCUUCAUCCCCCCAUCACCUGUAUCUGGCAUUUCUUCCCCUGUUAUCCCUCCCCAACCUCUCUCUACCCAAUAAAACAGACAAAAAACAACUAAGGAAGACACACACACACACACAGACACACAAAUAAUCAAAGAGAAUGGUGGUUUGUAAAAGCCUAAGCAGCCAAGUAGAAUAUAUAACUUUUCCAGUUAUUAAAGAGAAGUUGGUAUGAAUACAGCUCUACAUCUAUGGCUUAUUAUUAAAAAUAUUAUAAUACCUUAUGAUGAAAUUGUGGGUAUUCAACACAAUUCUUUAAAGGAAGACGCUGAUUAACACUUUGAAUUUUUAAAAAGUUGCUCAAGGAAUGCCAUUUACAGAAUAGCAGGAAGUAGAUCUGAUUGAAUUGUGUGGAUUUCUCAGGUGGCACUGAAGGUUAUCAUUCAUCUCACUUUAAGGUCUGUCCUGGCCAAAUGCACUGAGGUGCAGAGAGGAUCAGCAGAAAAGGAGCCACUGAGAGGACAGAGUGAAGACUCAGGUGCAAGCCUGAAUCCACCACAUGAAUCCUUCACUUCACCCUUUGUCAGAAUGAGCCCUGUCUUGCAUAGCUGGAAAAGCAAGCAAAGAAAUGUAUUAAUCUUUCUCCCGGAUAUACAGCAUAUUGUAGUUUUGUCUGUGCUGGUCUUUCUCCUGACUCUCACUGGGCCCUGCUGAGGGAUGGUGCCAGAACAGAAGUUGGUUUUGUGACCUUACCCAUCACUCUAGUUUGUUUUCCCCUUCAUAAAAAAAGUCUACAUAAUUUUUAAGGUCUAUUCUCGCCACUAUCUUUUGAUCUUUUUUCCUUGUAUUCUUUGUCAUACUGGAAUAAUAUCAGUGUGAAGUAGCUGGCUUCAUGUUAAAUUGAGGAGAGCCUCUGCUUUUACUUCUUGGAGGAAAGAAGAAAAUGACAAGACAAUUAGUUUAUAUUUAUUUAUUCAAUAAAUAAAUAUUUAUUGAAUUCCUACAUUAUAAGUGCUGAGAAUUCAGAAAUAGAGAUUUAGAAUCUCAAGUCUCUCAGUCAUUACAUUCUAGUAGAGGGAAAACCACAAUACACAGUGCAUAAAAAUGUCAGCUGAUGAUGAUAAGAGCUAUGAGUUACAAUAAAGCAGGGUAAGAGAAACUCUGGGAACGGAGAGAAGCUGCUAUUUUAUAUGAAGCAAUGAGAGCAGACUUCGGAUAAGGCAAUACUUGAUGAAUUUGCUUCUAGAAUCAACUCUGAAGCGCCGUUCAGAUUCAAUUCAAUAUCAUAUACCCUUUAAGGUAAUGCUUGCACUUGAAGGAUUCUUCCAGGUUCUGUGCAAUAGAUUACUGGCUGAGGCACUAAAACUAAGUAAGCCUCUGUCAUUGAGAAUUUAUUUUUCUAUUUUGCUCUACCAGAAAAAAAUUGGAACGUUUUCAGUAAAGAUUAAAAUAAGAAAUAAUUUUAGUUAAUCUGAAAAUUAGAUCAUGCAUAGCACUCCAUGCCCUCUUAUUCUACCAUAAAAGUGGUCUUGUAUUUGUGACUGAUCUUUUCAUUGGGAAGAUGAAAAUGUCUUCCAGCUUGACGUCAAUCAUGUUUCUUCCUCCUGAUAUUUCAGAUAUGGGGAGGAGGCCAAGUAUGGGAAAGCAGAGAAUCAUAGACCUCACUGGUUCCAUAAAAAUCAGUCGUUGUUAUUCAUAGUAAUAAAAUAGGCCAGAUGCUGUGGUUCAUGCCUGUAAUACCAGCACUUUAAGAGGCCGAGGCAGACAGAUCACUUGAGCCCACAAAGAUCCUGGUUAAUCUGGUUUUACAGUUCAAGCAAUAACAAUUGAGAGAUACCUGAUAUGGCAUUAAUCUUCCAGCCAGCUUCAUUUUUAUACAUUUAACCUUUUUAUACCUUUUAAAGAAACCAGUAUGUAUGAAAGUAAGACUGUCUUCAGCGAACUUCCUGGAGGGAGCUUACACUACAGAGAUGUAGAGACAGGUAUAAAAAGUUUAGAGAAAUGCAUAUUCUUAUUGCUGAGUAGUCCAUGGUUGAAUAAAAAGGGAGACAAUUUAAGGACCCCUGAAGAGGGGUGUUAUCAAUUAGUGGUGUAUCAAAAUAUCUGACAGUAUAGGGCAUUGUUUAGUAGCUUGGGCUUGGAGUCUGGUAGACCAGGGUUUGUAUCUUUAGCAUUGCCAACCUUUGUGAUUUUUAGUGAAUUACUUAAGCUCUUUAAGUUUCAAUUUUCUCAUCUAUAAAAUGUACACAAUAGUUCUACUUAUUUCAUUAUAUUUUUUUAAGGAUAAAAUAAAUGGGUUAAUGGCCUUUUGUACUUAGCACAAAGCGUCACACAUUGUAAACGUACAAUAAAUCUGCAGCCAUUGAAUGCUGUAGAAAGAUUGUGAAAUGAUAUACGUAGGCAUAUUUACCUAGAGUGCUGUUUAGAAGAGCGUCCAUCUGUUAUGGUUAAGUGGUUACUUCUGGGUAGUGGACUUUGGGCGAACUAUAUUUUCUUAAAAAUAUUUUCUAUAGUGCCUGGAUUUUCCUUACAGUAAUCAUACUGUUUUUCUAAGAGAAAAAUACAAGAACACUAUUUUAAUUUAGGGAAAAAAAGAUGUGGAAUUUAAGAGAUGUUGUGGGCAUGUUUCAAAGAAAAUAAUAAUCACAGUAAUCUUGCUUUACGUUUUCGCCUUAGAAACUUGAACCUCAAGUGCACCAUUAGAUUAAUGACAAUUGUGUUGCUAUGACAGGUCAUGCUAGACCUUAUCUGCUCUUUGAUCUAGAUUACAUUUCCCAGAUGCAACUUCAUUCUCUAUUCUCUCACUCUGUCCUUGCUUCUAGAUGGGACCAGAUAACUGGUUCUCACCCAUCAUAUGGGACCAAAGAAUACACCUCACUUCUAGAUAAGAGGAGGUGUGCCAUACUCUCUUAAUCAUCGCCCUGCAGCUGGAAGAAACAGACUCCCAGGCUUUAGGAGAUGGUAUUAUUCAGAGGUGGAAACAGCCUAAAUUCCUGUGGCACUUUCUGGAGGAGAACAUUCAAGACAGACAACUGAUUAGGAAUAUCUACAUUGGUUUUCUUAGUCUAAUCUGAAUGAUACAACUAUAUAUCAUCUACAUGAGUUUACAUGUGACCUUCUUCUAUUCAGUUAAUUACUUUGUAUAAUAUGCCACCAUUAACCUACCUUCAACUUGGGCACUUGGACAUUUUACAUAACUUACAUUUAAUAAUGCUCCUUUCCUUUGAAAUUCUCUAAGUAUGUAUCUAGGAGCAGGAUUUCUGGAUCUUCAUGGUAUGCAAAUGCUCAGGUUUACAUGACAAUGCCAAACUGCUUUUCAAAGUGUUAAUGCCAAUUUCCAAAGCCAGAAGUAAUACGGGCUGCUUCAUAUCCUUGCAAAGUACUACUAUCAGAGUUUUUAAUUUUGACCACUUUGAAUGGGAAGAAGAUGAGGGUCACGCUGUGGUCUUGACUUUUGUUUUCAUAAUUACUAGUGAGCUUAAGGCAAGAUACUUCUGAAGAAAAGGAAUAAGAGGGCUUGCGUUACUGAAAACUAAGUUAAGUUAUAAUGGUGCUAGUGAAGGAUGGACAGAUGGACCAGUGGAGCAGAAUAGAGACCCUGAAAUGAAUGCACAUAUAUGUGGGGGUUUAAUAUGUGAAAGGUAGUGCAGGAAAAGUAGACCUAUUUAAAAACUGGAGCUAGAAAUGUUGGAUGUAUAAAGAAAAGAAAGCCUUUGGAUCUCUAUCUCAUAGUCCAUACAGAAAGGAACACUAGCAAAAUGGAAAAUUUCAAUGUCAAAUGCAAGACUUUAAAAUUUUUAGUAGAAAAAGAGGUAAAUAUCUUUCUGACUUUGGAGAAAGGAAGAAUUUACUAAAGCACAAAAAUCAUUAAGUACAAAAUAAAAUAGUAAAAAUUAAACUAUAUUAAAAUUAUAUAUUUUUGUUAAUCAAAGACAUCAUAAAUGUAGUGAAACUACAUUUAUGAACUGAGAAAAUACUGCAACACCUAUGACAAAUAAUUAGUGAGACAAAUAUAUAAAGAUUCUUUACAUACCAAUAAGGAAAAGAUAAAUUAUUUAAUAGAAAAACUGGAAAAUUAUACAAACAUGUUCUAUAGAAGAAGAGAUAUUUAUAUGGAUUAUACAUUAUGUAUGAUGAAAUACAAAGUAACUUUUCAGAUGAAUUAAUAUAUUGAGACCAGAAAGUCAUAAGAAGGAGAAAACAUCGAGUUUCUUUUACUUGUACCCCUCUUGUUUCUGUCCUCUUCCCUCAACAAUGAAUGCUUUCCUUCAAAAAUGGAUUUUCCCAUUCCACUGUGUGGUCACACAUGCAUGAGCAGAGCUGAUAUUCCAGAGCACUAGACUUUGCAGAUAUAAAUAUUAAUGUUUUGGGGAGGCAGAGGCUGGUGGAUCAUGAGAUCAGGAGAUCGAGACCAUCCUGGCCAACAUGGUGAAACCCUGUCUGCUAAAAAUACAAAAAUUAGCUGGGCAUGGUGGCACAUGCCUGUAGUCCCAGCUACUUGGGAGGUUGAGGCAGGAGAAUUGCUUGAAUCAGGGAAUCAGAGGUUGCAGUGAGCUGAGAUUGUGCCACUGCACUCCAGCCUGGCAACAGAGUGAGACUCUGUCUCAGAAAAAAAAAAAAAAGUUGAUGCUUACACAUGCAUAUGCUUGCUUACACACUCUUGCACUUACAUACCACAUAUACUUGCAUUUAUUCUGGAUAUAGAAAUUGAGCAGCUCUUUUAUGCCAGGUAUUAUACAGGACUCUGAAGAAACAGCAGUGAAAAAGAUUAAGUAUUCCUGGAAAAAGACAGACAUUUAAAAAAAUCAACAAGCAAAUUGUUAUAUUUGAAGAUACCAAUGAGAAUAGAAUAGCAAAUAUAGAUCAAAUGAUACCAGAACGGGCAUGUUUACAAAGUUUUAAAUUAUGUGAUCAGAAAAAGCCACAGUGAACAGCAUUUGAGAAAAAAACUGAAGGAGGUGAGGGUUUCAGUCAUGCUUACAUCUGAGGAAAGAGAGUAUCAGGCGGAGGGGAUGGGCAAAUGCCGAGACUUGGAUUCAGGAGCGUAAUUGACAUGUCUCAGAAACAACAAGGUGGCCACAUAGCUACAGGGAUGUAAGAGGGGUAAAGAACAGCAGGGGAGGAUGUCAGAGAGUGAAUGAGAGAGUCGAGCACAGGGCAUGGGUACUUGUAAGCCCUUGCAAAGACUUUGAAUUUAGCUCGUAAGAAUGGAGAGCCAUAGGAGGAUUUUGAGUGGAGAAAUGACAUGAUGUGACUUACAUUUUCGAAUGGUCACCUUGGUAGAUAUGGUCACUUGAGGCAAAGGAGCAAGAGGCAAAGGUGGAAGCAGAAAGACCCGUUAGGAAGCUGUUGCAUGACUCCACUAAUCCAAGUGAGAGAUGAUGGUGGCUUGGCAUAGGGUGGUUUGUGGGUGGGGAGAAGUGUUUAGGUUCUAUUUUGAAGAUAGAGAAACUUCAGUAUUUGCUGAUCGGGCAUAACAUCUACGAGAAGGAGAGGAGUCAAGGAUAAAAAAUAUUCAUGAUGACAAGUAUCCCUCAACUGAUUGUUGUCAACCAAUGUCCACCCAUUAGCAGGUCAUGUCCACUUUGCACUAGGUUUCUGCUUUCUUGUCUGUUAUUUCAUUCUUCCCCAAAAGAGAUUCUAGUGUAUGCUUUGAUAGACUGAAAGUGAGCAAUUCAUUCUGAGAGUUUAACAAAUUCCAUGUCAGUAUGCUAAAUAAAAAUUCAGCCAUUAGUCAAAUUGUCAAUUUGAUUGAAAACAUGAGAAAGCCUCAAGCACAAUCUCCAGAGUUCACGCCUUUAUUUUUUACUUCUUUUUAUUAAUGUCAUUUUAUUUAAAGAAUUGAAAGAUAAAAUGUAUGUAUUUAUUGUGUACAAAAUGAUGUUUUAAAGAAUACGUAUACCUUGUGGAAUGACUAAGCUAAUCAAUAUAUGCAUUACCUCACAUAGCUAUCAGUUUUUGUGAUGAGAAUACAUUAGCUCUCUUAGCAUUUUCGAGAAUACAAUGUAUUUUUAAUUAUAGUCACCAUGUUGUAUAAUAGAUCUCUUGAAAUUAUGCCUUCUAUCUAGUUAAAAUUCUGUAUUCUUUGACCAGUAUCUCCCUAACCCAACCCAAGUCUUCUCAACUGCCCCAGCACCUGGUAACUACCAUUCUAUUUUCUGUUUCUAUGGAAUCAACUUGUUCAGAUUUCACAUAUGAAUGGGAUCAUGCAGGCUGAUUUCACUUAAAAUCAUGUCUUCCAGGUUCAUCCAUGUUUUGGCAAAUUAAUGAUUUCCCCCUUUCGUGGCUGACUAGUACUUUAUUGUGUAUAUGCAUCACAUUUUCUUUAUCUAGUUAGGUUGAUUUGAUAUCUUGGCUAUCAUGAAUCAUGUUGCAAUAAAUAUGGGAGUGCAGAUGUCUCUUUGAUACAUUUAUUUCAUUUCCUUUGGAUAUAUACCCAGUAGUGCUAUAUAUCCCAAGUGCUGGAUCGUAUGGUAGUUCUAUUUGUAAUUUCUUGAGGACCCUCUGCUGUUUUCCAUAAUGUGUAGUGGUAUAUAUCCAAAGUGGAUAUAUGUAAAUAUAGUAUAUAUAUAGCAGUGGUAUAUAUCCAAAGUCCUGGAUCACAUGAUAGUUCUCUUUGUAAUUUCUUGAGGAACCUCUGCUGUUUUCCAUAAUGUCUAUACUAAGUUACAUUCCUGCCAACAGUGCGCAAGAGUUCCCUCUUCUCCAAUCCUUGCCAACACUUGUUAUCUUUUGUUUUUUUUUUUCCAUCACAGCCAUUCUAACAGGCGUAGGGUGAUACCUCAUUAUGUUUUGUAAACCUUUAACUAUGCAUAUAUUUACUAAAUACAUUUUAUAGCUACCGAUGUAAAAUAAAGAACAACCACAUACAGACUCAGUGACUGGAAAGUUCCAGUGUAGUCAGUAUUUGAAUCCUACUGGGAGCAUUGCAAAUUACAAUUACAUUUUGGGGAGACGAUAUGGCAAUAUAUACUAAGAGCUAUAAAGCUGAUCAUAUCGUUUUACCCAGUAAUCCCACUCCUGGUUAUUAAAGGGAAGUAAUUCAGUGUAUAUUAAGGAAAUCGACCUUAUAGUUCUGAUUUAGAUAAUAAGUUAUAAGAAAAUGUUUAAUGUGUAUGUGUAUAUAUUUAUUCAAAGUAGAGAUACAAAGGCUAAAAAAGGGAAGCUAUUUAAAUUGGCAUUAAAACAAUAUUUUAAAUGACCACAAUUAUGAGAACACAUGUAUGCCAAUACAGAGUCACUGGAAAAAUAUUAAAAAUGAAAACUGCCAGAUGAUAAGAUUAUCAUUUUCUUUUUUAUUUGAAAUAAGUUGGUAUAGCACAACUUUUCGAAAGCUUUUAUAAAUGUGUGUGCUAAGUUGUAAUAAAGCAAACAUAUGCAUAUAGACAUGCUCAAACCAUUAUUUAAUUGUUUCUUGGGUACCUGGGGAGAUUGGUUUGAAGAAAGGGGGAUAACUUGAAUAAGGGUGGCAGAGAAAAACGAGAAAAAAGAAAGCAAAGGAUUGAGAAACUCAGUGUGGCAGCAGCCUCUCUUUACCUCCUGAGAGAGUCAAAGGGUGGCACCAGGGGCUCAUGAUCCAUGGUUGUGGAAGACCCGUGUCACACUGGAUGUCACAUGAGGUGGGAUGGAACACAGAGACCACCACACCUCAUUUCCUUUACAGUUUCCAUGCUGGGCCAUGACAGUGAACAGCCGUCAGGCAUGUCUACAGCGGAAGAUCUGUCUGUAUUCAGACUGGUGGCAGAGACAGCACGACCACAUUUUCUUUUAUGCAUACAUUUGGUUUCAUUGACACAUUAACCACACGCAAAGGGGCAAUGGCCACAAGGUUAGUAUGAACAGGGAAGAGGAACUUUUUUUUUAAAGAAAAAAGAAAGCAUCAGUAUUGCAAAGAUUUUCCAUGAUCCGACACCCACAUUGAAAGCCCCCUCUCACUACAGGAAGUGUGCUGACCAUUGGAGGAAUAUAAGAGGUCCUCAAACAGCCUGAUCCUCACUCUCUCCCUGCACAGCUCAGCGGGACCUCAGCCAUGAGACUUCGCAUCCUGGUCCUCCUUGGCAUCUGCUUUCUUACUGCGUACAUUGUGGAAGGUAUAGGGAGUGAAGUCUCAGAUAAGAGUGUCUGUGUGAGCCUCACUACCCAGCGACUGCCAGUUAACAGAAUCAAGACCUAUACCAUCAAGGAAGGCUCCUUGAAAGCAGUAAUUUUUAUUACCAAACGUGGCCUAAAAGUCUGUGCUGAUUCACAAGCCAAGUGGGUGAACGACAUGGUCAAGAGCCUGGACAGGAAGUCCAAGACCACAAAUAACAUGACCCAGACCAAGCCAACAGGAACCCAGCAAUCAACCAACACAGCUGUGACCAUGACUGCGUAGCCUCUGGCACCAUGACCCUCUCUCCUGCCAGCCAGCUCAUUUCACUUUAUACAUUCAUGGACUGAGUUUGUACUCACUUUUUAUGAAAGUACUGCAUGAAUAAAAUUGUUCUUUUAUAUUUUUCUUUUAAAUGCCUUCUGCAUUCACUUAUAUGUUCUAAUUAAUAAAUAUUUAUUAUUAAGAAU